AUGGUUCGCCACUCCACCUCGGUCCUCGGCGUCGCGCUCGCCGCUCUGGGCAUGCUGGUCAGCCCCGUCGUCGGACAAGCCUGGGUCAUGUCCGAGGGUAUGGCCAUCACGAUGAGCCGGGUAGACCCCAUCGUCAAUCCUGGAGGGAUAGCGGGACACGUCCAUAAUGUCCUCGGCGCGUCCAAAUUCAGCCAAAACCUGCUGAGCCCCGCCGAUCAGCUCUCGUCCAAGUGCAGUAGUCUGAACGUCCAGGCGGACAAGUCCAACUACUGGGUCCCACAACUCUACUACCGGUACAAAGACAACACCAUGGCGCCCAUGCUCGGAUCUGCCCGCGUCUACUACUUCAACAACGCAGCGAACAUCAAGCCCUUCCCGCCAGGCCAUAGGAUGAUCAGCGGUAUGACCUCGACCCGAAACGUCAGCGACGAGAAAGCCUUCGGUCUGUUGAUCUCCUGCAACCACGGCGCGCAGACGAGCUACAUGCCCAACAAGACUUCUCACCCGGGAGGAUGCGGACUGGUCACGCUCGGAAUCUUCUUCCCGAGUUGCGGAAAGGCGGAUGGUUCGCUCGAUAGUGAUGAUCACUUCUCGCACAUGGCUUGGCCACACAAUUACGUCGGAUCUACACCUGUACCGCACGUCGCAGGCGAGUACUGCCCUGACUCGCACCCUAUCCACUACCCUUCUGUCUUUGUCGAGCACAACUAUUGGUUCAACGACGCUCAGCCAUGGAGGAACGAGGACGAUCUUUUGGUGCUUUCCAACGGGGACACUACCGGUCUCGCCUACCACGGUGACUUCCACAACGGCUGGGAUCAGAAGGUCCUUACGGAUGCGAUCAACCAAUGCGUCGUCGGCGAUGGCGUCUCCAACUGCCCGCCGUUCGCGCCCUCCGUCAGCAGGGAUGAUGCCUGGAAUUGCCGUCUUGAGGGUGAUGUGCCUGCAGAGGAUAUCGGUAUCGUCACACCCCUUGCCAACCUUCCCGGUUGCAACCCCGUCUGGAAGGCCAGCAUGUCCGACACCAAGCCGACCUGCGCGGUGGCGCCUCCUAAGCCCGCCUACGUCGCCCCGAACGCAUACUUCAGGUCUGACUGGCAACGCAUGAAUAUCCCCCUCGCCUACCCCAACGCCACUACGGACAAGCUCACCGACUGGUACCGCCCCACUACCUUCAAAGGUAUCCAGCCGGCACCCGGAGGUGGAUCCUCCUAUCUGAAAGUCUGGGGAUCAGAGGAUACCGCCAAAUACGUCAAGGUAUCGACGGCAGAGGACGUCGCCAAGGUCUUCGUCGGAGACGGUGAUGUCAAGCUCGACUCGCCUGCCCCAGCAUCGUCUUCCUCCGCUGCUGCCUCCAGCUCUGCCUCGACUGCCGCUGCCGCGUCCUCGGCUGCCUCCCAACUCAAUUCGGGGUCCGAGAUGGACGCUGUUCAGCUGAAUGCGAACCCCGUCAAGUCCGCUUCGUCCUCGGCGGCCGAUAGCUCGGACGGUCUCCCUACUGUCACCGUUACACACUCCGCCCCGGCUGUCACGGUUACUGUCGCAGACAAGACUUGCCGCCGGUCCAACAGCAAGCGCCUCCUAUCGCGCAAAGCGGGCGAGAUGAAGGACACCAUCCGCAGCCAUGUCUCGCGGCGAAGCAGGCGGAAGGCCGUCCAGGGGUAA